AGCUGUUAUGGCCCCCUUGUGGAUAGUGACGAUCUCCUCUGCCCUUCGUUUGAAUUAAGCCAUGGGUACGCCGCAGAAUCCAUCCACAAUAAGCCUCCCGAUGUCUUGUUUCGGUCAUUGAUCGACCUGUCAAGUCGUCUCGCCCAGGUGCCUCGCCGGGACUCGAAAAGAUGAGGCCCAUUCAACUGCCAAGUUCCGAAUCCUUCAAGCAAGGACUCAAAGACUCCGACCCUCCUUGCAACCUCUCCAGAUUCGCUACCACCAAUCGCUGGUCCCCGUUAAAAUUGACUCGUGGAGGAGAACAAGAUUUAGGGAGAUGAAUCGGAACCUUUAAUUGUCGGGUGCCCCAACCCGGAUCCCGUCUGGAUCCAGCGUUAUCGUCUUUUCUGUCUUUUCUCGUUUGUCUCGAUUGCAAGAUCGACGCAGGACGGAUCUGAAGAUCAUGAUAGGACCAGGCGGCGAUGCGCCCAUGGCGCUGGCCGUUCUUUGGGGCUUGACGGGUCUUGCUUUCUUCUUCGUGCUGCUGCGAUUGUACACUCGACUUGUCAUCCUCCAAGCGUACGGUGUGGACGACCACUUCUUCAACCUCGCUUUCUUCCUCUUCGUCGCCUACGAUGUCAUGCUCACAAUCUCCUCCUUUUACGGCUUUGGCAGGAAUAUCCUAGAACUUGAGAUGGAAAACGUGCCAAAAGCGAUCUUGUACGAGGCAAUCGGCAGCACAAUCCUCGUAUCCGCCAUCGUCGUCUCCAAGGCCUCUCUGGCACUGUUCCUCCUCCGCCUCGUGAACACUCGCCUGCACCAGAUCCUUGUCAUCGCCCCCGUCAUCGUUUUGUUCCUCGUCGCCUUGGCUUCUCUGCUCGUCUUCUGGUUCUCGUGUACUCCAAUCAACUUCCUGUGGGACCGACUGAUCCCCGACGGGAGCUGCCCCAUCGACCCCGGUCCCAUAUCGGCGGCUGCGGGAGCUUGGAGCGUUGUCGUCGACUUUUGGUACGCCGUUACGCCGUGGGCGUUGUUGUGGAACGUUCAGAUGCCGAAGAGGGAGAAGUUACUCAUCAAUUUGAGCAUGAGUCUGGGGGUCAUUGCUGGCGUAUGCGGGAUUCUGAGAGCUUUGCAGCUCAAGAACCUGAGUAGUGUGAACUUCACCAAGGAUACGGUUGCCUUGAUAAUAUGGCAUGCGGCAGAACUGGCUGUAACUCUCGUCUGCAUCGGAAUCCCCGUGUGCCGCCCCCUCUUCAAGGGCUGGCUCAGCAAGUGGUCAUCCCGAAACGGCAGCAGGCAUGGACCAUACACCAGAGACAUGACCGGAUCUAACUUGGGGUUCGGUCUGAAGACGAUCGGUGGUACCGACUACACCGUCAGGGUUGGGUUGAAGACGCCAGAUUUGGACUUGGGAAGCCUCGCGGGUCGAAGCGGCGAGGGACGAUUCGGAAGCGGGACAAGGUCUGCUGGAAAAGGCUUCGGCGACAACGACAGCGUGGAUUCAAUAUUGGGGCCGGAUGAUCGGUACGGCCAAGGGCGGAACGUUGAUAUCGAAAGGUAUUCCAGUGAAGAGGGGAAGGGGGGUAAGCAAAAUAUUCACGUCUGGGUGAAAUCGGAAGUGGUUGUCAAGUCGACAGCAAGAGACUAAGGAGAUACACGAAAUACUGACCAGAUUCAAUUCGUUAUGCGACUUCACUUUCCUAUUUCAGGUCUUUAGUUGCUCGAUGCACCUCCACUGGACAAUAGACACUCGUCCCCAUCGACAAUGCGAGCGUGUUUACA